AUUGUCUGUAAUUAGUCUCCUACUUGAAGGCUACUGUCUGUAAUUAUGCUCCUACUUGUAGACUAUUGUCUGUAAUUAGUCUUAAUUUACUCCCACUUUAAAACGACACUAACUAUCUUGGGUUAGUUAUACUUAUCUUUGACCGAGCCAUGGUCAUUGGAUGAGACGGACAUGCUCAGUAGCGCCCGGGCGGGACAGGCGCAGAGUAGAAUUACACUGUUCAUGUUGUGUUGAUGUAUUUUAAACAUCGAUAUACAAAUCGCGAGGCGACUUUUUCUUUUACGGUUAUAUCUGAAUCUUUGCAGUGUCUUGUAGAAGAGAACCGCAGUGAACUAGCGGGUCUACUACACCGAUAAUUUUGGAUCUUUAUCCCAGUUGCUCCGAAAGCUUCCAUACAUCCAACACUAAACCAUUCUAAAGGAAUCUGUCUAUCCGACCUGAAGUGAACAUCAGACGGUCGUCAAUAGGUGACAGCAUCGAACUUUUUGGACUCAAUAUCAUGGCAGAACAUCUAUCCCAGAGCGAACUGGACUACCCCUUUAAACUGCUGGAGUAUUUCAAUGGAUUCAGAGUCUCAAAGGUUAUCUUCUCAGCCUGUGAGUUGGGGGUGUUUGACCUCCUGCUGUUGUCCCAGAAGCCUCUGUCUGCGGAGCUCGUGGCCCAGGAGCUGGGCGCCAGCAUGGACGGGAUUGAACGCCUUCUGGACGUACUGGUGGGAGUUGACAUCCUGGAGGUGGAGCAGAUAGAUGGGACAGCCUGUUACAGCAGUACUGAUGUGGCCAACCUCUACCUGGCCAAGGGCAGCGCCAAGUCUCUUCAUGACAUGAUCAUCUACCAAUCACAGACCAUCUACCCUCUGUGGAACAACAUGGUGCACGCUGUCAGAGAGGGGAAGAACCAAAAUGAAAAAACAUUUGGCAUCUCACCUGAAGACAUCUUCCAAACCAUCUACAGGUCAGAGGAGGAGAUGCUGAAGUUUAUGGGUCUGAUGAACUCAACAUGGAUCCUGGAUGGACACGACAUCGUCACAGCCUUCAACCUCUCCUGCUUUAAGGCCAUGGUGGACCUUGGAG